UCGGAGCCUGGGCACAGCCCGGGAUCGAGCCGCCGUCCCCGGGGAGCCGCUCGCUUCCUUGGCCCGGGCCUCAGCGCAAGCCGGCUGGGGCCAUGGCAGCCGCCGAGUUCCCGGGCCGUCGCUGAGGAGCCGUUAAGCCGCCUGCCCUGGUCCGGCCCGCGCCGCCGCGGCCCAGGCUCCGCUCAAGUUUCCGCCCAGAAGCCGAGGCGACCGCGGGCCCCGAGCUCCCGGCUCGCCCGCUCGCCUGCUCUCCCGCUAUGUGGGGCCGUUUCCUGGCCCCGGAGGCUGGCGGCCGGGACAGCCCCGGCGGGGCCCGCAGCUUCCCCGCGGGCUCAGAUUAUUCAUCAGCAUGGUUACCUGGUAAUGAAUCAUUGUGGCAGGCCACAACUGUUCCAUCUAGCCAUCGAAAUAACCAUAUCAGGAGACACAGUAUAACUUCUGACAGUGGAGACACUGGCAUUGGCACUUCCUGUUCUGACAGUGUGGAAGAUCAUUCAACUUCAAGUGGCACACUAUCUUUUAAACCUAGUCGAUCAUUGGUUACUCUUCCCACUGCCCAUGUGAUGCCAUCUAACUCCAGUGCUUCAAUUUCCAAACACAGGGAAUCUGUAGCAUCAGAUGGCUCUAAGUGGACUACAAGCCUUAUGCAGACUCUGGGAGACCACAGUAGAGGGGAGCAGGACUCCUCACUAGACAUGAAGGACUUCAGGCCCCUACGGAAAUGGUCAUCUUUGUCCAAACUUACUGCCCCGGAUAACUGCAACCAGAGUGGCAUUGCAUACACGGAAGAGUUGAGAAAUGAUUUGGAAAAGACAGGGAAGGGCAAGAAUUUGCCACCUCACCUAAGGACCUUUGGGCCCAGUUGCUUACAUGACAGUAUGGAGAUGCUUAAGCUAGAAGACAAGGAAAUAAAUAAAAAGCGGUCAUCAACUCUGGACUGCAAGUAUAAAUUUGAGAGCUACAACAAAGAGGACACCAGAGCCUCCUCCUCUGCUCUCAGGAGACAAACCUUAGACAUGACUUACAGUGCCUUACCUGAGAGCAAGCCCAUUGUGACAGGCUCAGAGACUUUUGAGUCUCCCAAGUAUUUGAUGCUUGGCCAGCAGGCAGUCGGUGGAGUUCCCAUUCAACCUUCUGUGAGGACUCAGAUGUGGCUUACAGAGCAGUUACGAACAAACCCAUUGGAAGGCAGAACUACAGAAGAUUCUUACAGUUUAGCUCCUUGGCAACAGCCACAAAUUGAAGAGUUUCAGCAAGGAAGUGAAACACCAAUGCAGGUUUUGCCCGGAUCAUCUCGUCAGAGUUACUCACCUUCUGGCCUUCAGGAUUUCAGUAAGUGGGAAUCAGUGUUGAAAAUAAAGGAAGGACUUCUAAGGCAGAAGGAAAUUGUAAUUGAUAGGCAGAAGCAACAAAUUAACCAUCUACAUGAAAGGAUAAGGGAUAAUGAACUACGGGCACAACAUGCCAUGCUAGGACAUUAUGUAAAUUGUGAAGAAUCUUAUAUGAGCAGUUUGCAGCCACAGUAUGAGAACAGUCCAGUCCAGACUCCAUUUUCAGAGCAGUCAUUGUCCCAUCCCCAACAAGAAGAACUUGAACAAAAGCUAGCAUCUACUGAGAAAGAAGUUUUACAGCUCAAUGAGUUUCUCAAACAAAGAAUAAACCAAUUUAGUGAAGAGAAGAAGAAAUUGGAAGAAAAGCUGAAAACCAGAGAUAGAUACAUCAACAGCCUGAAAAAGAAAUGCCAGAAGGAAUCUGAGCAGAACAAAGAGAAGCAGAGAAGAAUUGAGACCUUGGAAAAAUACUUGGCAGAUCUUCCAACUCUAGAUGAUGUACAGAGUCAGAGUCUACAGCUGCAAGUUCUUGAAGAAAAAAACAAGAAUUUGCAAGAGACUUUGAUAGACACAGAGAAGAAGCUUGAGGAGAUUAAGAAGCAGUGUCAAGACAAAGAAAUGCAGCUAUUGUGCCAGAAGAAGAAGGAGAAGGAGCUGGUGACUUCUGUUCAGAGCUUACAACAAAAAGUAGAAAAAUGCCUUGAAGAUGGAAUCCGCCUUCCCAUGUUAGAUGCAAAGCAGCUUCAAAGUGAAAAUGAUAAUCUCAGAGAGCAGAAUGCAGCUGCUAGUAAGAUAAUAGAGAGCCAGCAGGAUGAAAUUAACAGAAUGAUUUUAGAAAUUCAGUCUAUGCAAGGGAAACUUUCUACAGAGAAAUUGACUACACAGAACAUGGUGGAAGAGCUAGGAAGGAAAGAAGGAAACCUCCAGAGAUUAACAGAUGCACUGCUCAAAAGCCAAAGACAGACAGGAGAGAUGUACUCUUUACUGGAUCAGGGCCAAGAAGGAGAGCAGUCUGGGCUGCCGACCAUCCGUUCUAAGUGGCCUCUCUUUGAUCUGACUGUGAUUGACCAGCUGUUCAAGGAAAUGUCCUAUUGUUUGUUUGACUUGAAAGCAUUGUGCAGUAUUCUUAAUCAACGAGCUCAGGGCAAGGAGCCUAACCUUUCAUUAUUACUGGGAAUCAGAUCAAUGAACUGUUCAGCUGAAGAGACUGAAAAUGACCACAGCCCAGAAGCACUCACUAAAAAGCUCUCAGAUGUGUGCCAGUUACGGAGGGACAUUGAUGAAUUAAGGACUACAAUAUCAGACCGCUAUGCUCAGGAUAUGGGAGACAACUGCGUUACCCAGUGAUCAAGCAUUGGUCCACAGCAACAAUGAUCCAUUGUGAAAUGCUGCUGUGUUAGACUCUUUUGUUUCUUUUUAGGACUUAUAAGGAAAGGUGAGACUUCUCGUGGCGCACUUCGGCUUUGUUGUUGUUCGGUUUGCUUUACUGAGGAAGUUUGAAGGGGCUGAUCAAAUCAGGCAAGCAAUCAUGUUACUAUUAAAAUGCGAUAAUGACUGCAAGAAAAAGAACAAAACAACCUGCAUUUUCAAACUACUGAUUGUAGGACCAAGCUGUGAACAGUGUUCUUCAGAUAAAGGCAUAGGAUUUCCUUAAUCCUAUCACUUUGUGUAUAUACAUGUGAGUGCUCAUGUACUCAUUCAUUCUCUCGCCUGAUCACUCUGUCUCUGUCUGUCUGUCUGUAUCUCUCUCUGUGUGUGUGUGUGUGUGUGUGUGUGUGUGUGUGUGUGUGUGUGUGUAUGCAUGUGCAUUUGCAAAUGCUUGGACUCUAUUCACACAGAAAUAGGAUUUCAGUGGUCAAAGCAGGGCUUUGAAAGGCACACACUGUCGGUUCUUCAUUUUGGAAUUUUAUAGGCAGACUGACUAGAUCCAAUAGCAGGGCAGUGGUUUUUUUUUUUUUUUUUUUUUUGGUUUUUCGAGACAGGGUUUCUCAGUAUUGUUUUCGAGGCUGUCAGUCCAGCCUGGCCUCGAACUCACAGAGAUCCGCCUGCCUCUGCCUCCCGAGUGCUGGGAUUAAAGGUAUGCGCCACCACCGCCCGGCCAGCAGGGCAGUGUUCUAAUGCAGAAGGACAGCAAACAAAAUCAUUAGUGCUUUACAAAGUGACUGUCGAGAUGGUAUGAUUGUUGUGAAGUUGGGCUGAUUUUAGCACUGAAGACAGCUAUUUCUUCCAGAGUGUUCAUAGAUUGUCUCAGCAGUGUGAAACUCUGAGUAAUUUAUAAAUAUGAAAAGUAAUUGCAAUUAAUUUAAGCAUACCCCUUACUAUUUGCAGUCUUUAUGAUACAUAUAUGUGUGUGUGUGUGUGUGUGUGUGUGUGUGUGUGUAAGCAGAGCCAUAUAAAAUUAAUAGGAGCCCUCUGAGGCCUUCAAUGACUAUUAUAAAAAGGCAGAUGAUAAAGUAAGUCUGGCAGAGUUGCUUUUUAUCUACAUUUCAGCAUUUACAUUAAACAGUUUCAUGCCUACUUUAACUUCUUUAAGAGAAAGCCAACUCAUUAUUCAUAUGCGAAUUAACAGCAGCAUAAAACCUAAGUCUCAAUGAUAUUUUAAUUUAUUUUAUUAGAUUUGUUACAUUACAGUUUGUCAUAGAGUAUGAUAUUGCUUAGGUUGGUUCAUCUGGGGCACAGGGUACUACUAUGAAAUACAUAGCCAUUUAAAUGUCAAAUAAUAUUGUAUCACUUUAUGUUUUAGAAAGGUUAUAUAUUUUAUUGCUGGCUGAGAAUUCAUUACAAUCAUUUGAAAACAGUCAAAGCUUUGCCCUUUAUAGGUUGGUUUUGUUUUCCUUCCUUCCUUCCUUCCUUCCUUCCUUCCUUCCUUCCUUCCUUCCUUCCUUCCUUCCCUCCCUCCCUCCCUCCCUCCCUCCCUCCCUCUCUCCCUCCCUUCCUCCCUUUCUUCCUUCUUAAUACAACCCAAUUUUCUUCAGGCAGGACUGCAUAGGUGGGAGAAUAAAGGGUGUGGAACCAGCAGGGUAGUACAGUUGGCUGAGAUCAGACACAUACCCAUUUUCUUGCUAAGCUUAGUGGGGUGUAAAGCUUCCUAGAAAAGAUUUUUCUUAAUCUCAACAAUGAAAACUUAGUGGGACUGGCCUUUGAGGAGACUGCCUAGGAACACACUCGGUUCAGAACAGGCCUUUAUUCUCCUGUCCACAGUCAUUUGAUACUUAUAUUUCAGUAGUUUGUUAUACUCCAUCAUAAUGACAGAUUUCCCUUCUAUUUAGUGCUAAAUCCACUCUACUCCUCUUGGGUCUGGCUACCAACAAAUCAGUGUGUUGAGGUGAAUACACACCCCAUCUCCCUAACUCCUAGAAGAUCUUUAAAGAUGUGUUCGUUGGGUUUUAAGGCAAUACUUGGAUGACAAAAAGAAAUUGUUGGUUGCAAAAAUAUAUGGAUUGCAAAAAGUAAUGUCUGUGCAGGUAGUCCUGAGCUGUGAAGUCAGGUGAUAGCAUCUAUAUGGGUCAACCACAGUGCAGCAAGUAACAGACUUACCUUCUCUUUGGCUAGAGUCCUCACCAUCCUAUCAUGAUUUCAGAAAUAAAGGCACCCAGAACUACAGCACUAUAUAGAGCAGCUCCCAAGUCCUAGUUUUUAGUUUUAUGUUUUGAGGUUUUAUAGUUAGUUUUUUAAAAUGAACAUAUUGUCAUGUAUUUUAAUAUGUAUAUAUAUGUAUAUAUACACAUACCUACAUAUAUAUACACAUAUAUACAUAUAUACAGAGAGACAUGCACACAUACCUUUUUUUCUGGCCACUUGCAAUGAAAUUUUUGUUUUGGCUAGUUUUCUAAAACUUAAAGAAUUUAAUUCACAUGUCUUAUUAGAAUAAGAAAGUUUUACCAAACUUUUACUGAUACAUUUCAGUUUCUAAAUUGUAUACUGUUAUUUAGAAGGCAUUUAGAGGUAAUAGAUUUUGAUUCAUAUUUUGAUAUAAUGGGAAACAAAUACUAAUCUCUUAACUGGAGUGUAGAGUUAAUGAAGAACUUUGAUAGUAAGUAGCCAGCUUUGGAGGGAAUUUUGAGGAAGAUGGACUAGUUGUGUUCUAGUUAGUCAGCAUUUAAUUUUUUAGAAACAUUUUCUUCCUUAAGACACACACUUGCUAGAAAAGUAAUAAUAUCACAUCACAUUGAAAACAGAAUUUACCAUUAGAAUAAGUAAGAUGGCAAACAUCAAAUCUGUAGUGUUUUAUCUCCAUUUUGAAGUAGGUUGUACAUGGAAGUUACAAAAUGACAUAAGCCUAAAAUAAACAGGAACUCAAAUUCUACAGUAAAUCUAUCUGUAAAUUUCCAUAUGUGAUGAACUUUCUUUUCAUUUAUGCUUUUGUGUAUAAAGUCUUUAUGCUCCUAGGAAGCAGUAUUUUAUUUUAGGUCUGUUCAAGCUGAAGCCCUUAGAACAUAGCCACAUAGAACAGAAGUAGACUAACAGAUACCACAGGAAAGACACCAGUUACCUAUGCAGAUAAAAGUAGCUGAAUCAAGGACAAAAUAAUGCACUGUCCUUGCAUUUGAUGUCAGAAAAAAUGACUUACACUUAAUGUAUUUUCAGUGACCUCUGAUAUUAAGAUUGUAAGUUUUGACUAGGUAAAUAUACAACAAUUUUAUUUUUAAGAGCAUGGUCCCUUUCAAUAUUUGGAACAAGAUUCACUGUUUAAUGUUAACAUUAUUAUAUCUUAGUGAUGGUUGUGGGGUUGUAAUUUUGUGAAAUUGAAUUUAACUUUCAGUACCUUGUUAGAAAAUUCAAGAGCUAGAGAACGUUGCUAAAAUGAAUAUUGGGCAGUUGGACUUAGAAGCUUGUGAGAAUAGUGUUCUUGUUUCAGACUCAGUAGGAAUUUCUGGCAGAUAUUUCUAAAGGGACUGUUUGAUUGGAGAAUUCUCUUUAUACCAGUAAUAGUUCACUGAGCAACAGGAGCUGAGCACUCGGGCUAUUUUGCACAGUACUGUUCAACUCUAGCAUGCUUCUGGUGUGGAUUGCUGGAGUUCUUGUCCAUAUUUCUGUCACUGGAUAUGUAAUUACAACGAUAGGCUGUUCUCUGAAUGAGCACACAUAGCAGAUGACAUUUGGAAUCACCAAUGACUCUUGCUUCUCUUUUGUUUCCAUUUCUGACAGUUCUUUUUAGUGUUCAGAAACCAAGAAAAACUGUCUCCUAUUUGGUAUAAAGAGUAAAAUUUUCAAGUUUACCCCCCAAACACAUUAAUGGUAAUUACUGUAUGAAUGUACCAUACAUUUAUUUAAUCAUGAAAGGAAAUGAUUUGAGAUUUCUUAUUUAAAUGAAAUAUUGAGUAUAAUAGAAUGUACUUUGAAAUCAAUAAGUCAUAGGCAACACUGUUGCAGCUGCAUACAGAGAAAACCUUUUGUGCCUUUUUGCCUGCAGUGUUUAUUUCUCUUACAUGAACUAUAAGAAUGUUGAUUAUUGCACCUUGUUCUUUGGUAAAUAGACUUAAGAAUUUUUCUAAAAUGAGCCAUUUCUUCUUAGAUGAUAGUUACCUUAGUAAGCGUGAGAGGAUGUAUCAUAUUUGGAUGUUUUUGAAGCCCAGCCUUUUCUUUGUAGAGAGCAGUAAAUUCCUCUAAAAUGUAUUCAUUUGUAUGUAUGUGUGUGUGUUUAUAUAUAUAUAUAUUAUAUAUGUAGUUAUUUAAAUACUUAAGUGUGAAGUUGACAUCAUGUUGCCGUGGUGACCAGAAGUGGUCAGGUGCUAGCUGGUCACAUUAAGAGCACAGCAGAGCAUGCAAAUCAGUCACUGACUGGUGGGUUUGUAAACUAGGUUCAGUGUUUGAACCACCAGAAUACCUCAUAUGUAAAUACAGUGUUCACAACUUACCUGAAAUACAGUUAUUGUAAAAAAAAAAAUGUGAAGCCACUGGCUGGCUUAUGCCUUCUGACUUUUUGUUUUUCCUCCUUUUUGGAAAGGAGUUAGUUUUGUUUUUGUUUUUAUAGGGUUUACAGCUAGAAAUUUGAAUGCCAAAGUUCUAUUUAUUAAACUAAGAAAAAAGUUUUCAAUGUUAAUGGCUAGUAUUUUUCCACUGGACUAUUGUUUGUUGAUGUUGAAAUUUGUAUUUACAGAGAAAUAAAUUUUUUACAAAAAUA